AGUGUCAUGGUACACGUAAAACAAUAACUAUUUUCAGCCAGCUGUCUGAAUGAGUGAAAGCUGACCUAUAGCGAAGUUGAUUCUAUGUUGGAUUUAUGACUUGCAAUGUUAAUUUAUGCACUUGGCAAGGAAGAACUACCCAAUUUUUUUCAGUGGGUGCUAACUCAGGCCAGUGAUGGUAUUUUAAAUGCCGAUAUCGUUACUUAUUUCAGCACUCAAAGCAUGUGAGAAAGGAGAUUAAGUACCUCUUAUGAAGAUCUGAGACAGCCAAUAUUGAAUGUCAUUCCUUAAAAUAAAAAUGUAAGAGCAAGUUUUAAAUUUCAGUUAAAUAUUGGUGGGCCUGAACGAGAAAUUAACCUGAAAUUUAAAUACAUGAUGGGAUUGGAGGUGGGCACAAUUCAUUUUCAUUUUCCGGAAGGGUGGGGCUUACUUUUCAAAAGUUUGGGAAAUGCUGGGCUAAAUGGAUUUAAGAAGUGUCCAUUACUCUGAACACUACCUUAUUUGCAAGAGCCAGUCUCUCCUGUUAACUCCAUGAUCCUCCAGUGCCUCAUUUUGAGGGAGGGAGGAGGAGGAGAGAUGAAGUGGGGCAAUCCCCAUUGGUAGUAUAGUAACUUGGACAGUAAUGGCUGCUUGAUGACAUCCUACUUCUGAGGAAGCCCACUGACUUCCUCUUCCCUCCUAUGGAUAGUGAUGAUUGGCCAGGGUCAUGAGAAUUCGUAAGAAAGGCUUUCCCUUCUCCUAGUUCAACUUGUCCUAGUUUUGUUUCAGGACAGUUUAUUGAGAUCAUCUGGGCAAGAGUAAAGGUUGUGCCUAUCAUGUGACGCUUUCUGAAUAGAAAAUCUGAGGAAUGAAAUCACAUGUGUGGAUUGUGUCCAUCCCUAGAACAGCAGCAGAUAGUCACUAGUUCCUCACUUCAUUUUUUCCCCUGUGUUUACUUUUACUUAAUUGAAAAUGAUCCGGUAAAUGUACUGUGAAUGAACUAGCAGAGUUCUGCUAUAUACCGGUAAUCUAAUUUUAAAAAAGGAAAUCACUGUAUUUUUUAAGUGUCCAUAAUUAAUUAGCAUUUAUUUAAGGACUAACAUCUGCUGCUUUUUGUACUCUAUUCUGGAAAGUCUUACCAUGUUUUUUUCUCAAACAUACACAACUUUCUGAAAAACUUUUAUAUUCUUGGUUAAUAUCGGUAUGUGUGUAUUCUAUUUUCUUGACUGUUACUUUCACAAUGUCACGUUGUUUUAUUUUGUAUAGGGGUUUUCUUCUUACUGGCAACGGUGAUCAAUCUGAAAAAUAAACAGAUGGAAAGAUCUGGAAGCUAAGACCUUUCAGUGGAGAACACUGUCAAAAUAGGUCAAUUUUUAGACCUACUAACUUUGACAACCUUCUAAACAUCAGUAAACAUGUUUUUAAACUUCAUGUAUUCCUUUCUCCAUUUCAAUAAUUAUCUGAUUCCCUAAUUAAAUGCAUGUUUGGGAAACCUUAAUUGAAAGCACCAUGAAGAAAAUUAUGUGCUGUUUAUGUACAAAAUUUUCAGAUGACUUUACAAAGACAUUAGUACAGUAUAAGGCAUUCUUUCUACCAGCUCUGUAAAAGUUCUCACAAAGCACUACAUUUUAAUUUUAGCAGGAAUGUUUAGGGCCAGACUUGCACAGAUCUGUGCAUGAAAUUGUGUACGUACAUAUGCAUGUUACUACUGAAUGCAAAACUGAUGUAUUUGGAAGAGACAGGCUAUUUACACAACUCUGACCAAUCAGGUACCUAUUCACGUAGCUGAGCUUAUAUGUAUGCAUACAGCUAUAUGCAUAUAACUUUGAACAUCUGUCUCUUAACUAUAAGAAUGGUCAGUUAAGAUGCGCAAAUCUAAGGCUCAGAUUUUCAUUAGAUCUCCACUAACUAGGGUGAUCAGAUGUCCCAUUUUUAAAGGGACAGUGUUGUUUUUGGGGACUUUUUCUUAUAUAGGCGCCUAUUACCCCCCACCCCCUGUCCCGUUUUUUCACAGUUGCUAUCUGGUAACCCUACCACUAAUGCACCCUUAAAAUCAACAGCCAGAUUGGUCUGCAAACACCUGUAUAUCUGUACGAACGGGUAAACUGGUAGCUAACUGCGAAUUGCAUGUGCAGUUACCUGAUUUGUCUGCCCAUAUGUAGGCUUUUGCAUGUGGAAGUGAGGAACCUACAAAUCUUAUGUCUGCAUUGACAGAAACCUGCUCAAAAUUUUGACCUAAUUAUCCAGAACUUGCUGAAAUUUUUUGGCCAAGUAUGUUUUGCACAGAAUUAGUCUACAGACAAAAUCAUUGGAAAUCCAAGGCUGGUUUUUACAUCUAGAUUUGAAUUACAUUGACAGUUGAGCACCUACUUAGGCCCACGAUUUCCCAGAGAUUUUCAACAAGUGUUGAUAAAGAGUAUAAAAACCUAUUGUGACCAUUAAAGAGAACACACAAACAUGACAGCACUUGGACAUGUGGCUUUCUCUAUACGUGCAAGUGCAUCCUCAAAUAGACCUAUAGGUUGUCUACUCUGUAUUUAGUCAAUGUUUUAAUAUGUGUAAGUACGGUAAUUGAUUUUUUGAAAAGCAGUCUAUUUGUAAUGCUUUGUGUUGUAUUGUCUAAAGAUGAAAUUAUUGAAGGGUGCAUUUGAUUUUGAAAUUACUUUGGCAUUUUUUUAUUAGUGGAACAGUUGAGGGGAAAAAUCCAUGUACAACCAAUAGUAAUUCAGAAUAUAAAACAAGUAGAACAAAAAUAUAAAAUUAAGUAAACAAUAUGAAUUAGUUAAUCUGAAAUCUGUGGUACAACCUUAACUAUGAUCAUGAUUGCUACUAUGUUCUUAGAGAAAAAUGUACAUUGCACCUAGCAAAGUUAGGGGUCAAUCCAGCUAUAGUUUGCCUUUGUGACUGAUGACUAUUUCAGAGGGGUACUUCUCCCUUGAAAGCAGCUGCAUAGUCCUAGAUGACCAUUAAGUAGCCCUCAAAGGCUACCAACUUCCUAGGGACAGAGCUAUAGAAAAAUUGUAUAGGUCUAGUAAAAGCCAUCAUUUCUUCCUGCUGUUCGUGCAAAGGAUGUCAGUUACAUUUGUACUGAACACUUGACGUCACUUGAAGUAUAGCUCAACCUGCCUGAUUUCAAGAAUGUUUAAAUUUUAUCUGAUGCACUAUUUACUUAACUGUUUCCAACACAGUGGUGGCUCUUAUUAGUCAUUUGUACAUUCCAUUUAAUCAGAGUGGAUCAGAAUUUAGAUUUUUCCAGAUCAUUCGUGAUUCAGUGACCAUAUUCUUUUUCACUCUGGGUGUACUUUAAAUUAUUGUUAUUCAGUCUUUAAAUAUUUUUUAUAAAUUAUUUGUGAACAGGCACGAUGCAGUGAAGUACUGAUACUCAAGAAUAAGUUAACAAGUUUCCAGUGUUAGGCAUAGAACAAUGAAGUAGGAGGCUUAGAAAUUUUUGUUUUGCUUUCCUAUUCAGUAAAACUAGUCAGAUUAAUAUUAUACCACAAUGGCAACAUCUGCCAGGUAAAUAAAAACAAAAUAUCCUUCCUUAGGUAUUUCUGCCUCCUUUAACUAAAGCUGCAUAUAUACUGUGAAUGCCAGGAAAUUCUGGCAUAUGAUUGGAGCAAACAUUUCUGAAAUCUCGUGCGUUAUUCUGUUUUAGCAACUUCACUGUGCGGUAGUUGGAAGUGAAAAUGCCAAGCGAUAUUUUGAGGCAGUGCAAGGAUCAAAGGAACAUCAAGGCGAGCUUUUUGGGAUCCAUAACCUCUUCAAGCUUCGAACCCAGGGGUCCUGCCUUACAAAAGACAUCCUGGAGAGGGAGGGUCAAGUGGAAGCAGGAGUCAUGACAGCCACUACGUGGCUAAAGGAGGAGCCACCAUCAUGCAGGUUAGAAAUGCAUGCAGAGCCAGGUUGUGAAGAAGAUAAAGCUCCUCUCAAAUCUAGAGAACAACUGGAGAAAGAGGAAUUUGAUUUUUAUAGUGACUUUAGUGAUGAUGAACUUGUGGGAAGCUCAAAAACAAAAAAAAGCAGAUUUUGCAAUGCAAAUGACAUGCUAAUUUCACAGAAACAGCUUACCUUAAUGCAGUGUGGUUUUCCUAAACUGUUAGAGAGAGGAACUAAAGCUACUGAGGUCAUUGAUAGUAAUGGUGCAUCUGAUCAAGAAAGCACAGAUGCCUUGUCUGUGGGCCAAAGAUCAAAUGUAGAUGUCAAGUGCAUUGGUCUUCAGAAAAGUAGAAGCCAUAAUAGUAUUUUGAGACAUCGGAGAACCACUGAGUCACCAAAUAAAACUGAAAAACAAGAUAUGCGUUGUAUGAUUGUAGCCCCAGAUUGGCCUGUUUCAUCUGACUCUGAGGGAAAAAAGGACAUUGAAAAUAAAAAUGAAGAUCAGUGCAUUUCAAAGGAAAUUGGUGUAGUCAUGGAGACUGAAGGCAGCUCAGAAGAGAGUGAUGAUAUCAUCUUUCCUUCCCAAGUUCCAGCUCACCAAGAAACUGCUCCUGCUAAAAAUGUUAAAAGAUGCGAGGCUGUAUCAGAAAAAUUGGAAGGGUCAGAUACAGAAAAGACCACUAAACAUACACCUAAGGGAGACGCUUUGUCCUGUAAACAAUCUCUGUUCCGUAAUACUGGGUCAGUCUUCACCAAAACAAAGUCUUGGAAAAAUGCCCAAAAAAUCACAACAUAUGUGAAAGGCACUAGUGACAUAAGUGAUGAGUCUGAUGAUCUUGAAAUACCCAUAUGGUCCAAAUCAAGAAACCAGAAAGCCUUCACUGCUCUUAGGUUGAGACAAAAAUGUGACCGAAAUAAGGAGUUCUGUAACUCUUACAAAACUGUGCUGCAGGCGAACAAGCCAAACAAUGGAGAAAAGGAAACGGAUUCACAGAAUAUAGGUGAAUUUUCAUCCUCUGAAGAUGAUUCACCAGUCAAGAAAAUUCACUUAAGUAAGCAAAGCCAUAAGCACAAAAAACAGAGACGCAGAAUUCAGUUUGACCCCAAAUCAGCCUGCCGUGUUAGAGGUGCCUCGGUUACAGUGUCGACACCUAGUCACUCUCGUGUGCAUAAGACCUCUAGAAGUAAGAGAGCAUGUGUCAAUCAAGAAGAAAAUGUGGGAUCACUGGACAAUUUUUUAGAUGGUGUUCAAGAAGUGGCUUAUAUUCAUUCAAACCAGAAUGUGGUUGGAUCAAGCAAGGCUGAGAAUCAGAUGAGUAACUGGGCAGUGCGAGAUGUGUUUGAGUUGAAGCAGUUUUCCCAGCUCCCUGCUAAUAUAGCAGUCUACUGUGCCAAGAGAGAGAAGGAAACCCAAGAAGCCAUAUCAGCAAAAAAGAACAUUAAGAGAGAACAGCAAAUAAGUGACAACAGUAAGCAGUCUCACCUUUGUAUUGAACAUCCUGCAAUUCAGAAGAAAAAAAAGGUACACAGAGUAGGUGCAACCACCUUCUUGAUUGGAGAGACCCCCAAAAGCAUUCGCAGGAAACAGUUUGAAGAAAUGGUAUCCCACUUCAACAUGGCUUCAGUUGAAGAACUUGCAGAAUAUAUUGCAAAAGCCACAUCAGAAGCACGACAGAAAAUGUUGAGAGAUUUUUAUGCUGGAAAGUAUCCAGAAUUAGAGGACCUAUUUCCAGUCAAAGUUCCAGUACAUGUUUCAGAUGGGUAUGAGGAAGAAGAGGUGUUUACAAGUCGUAGAAAGAGAAGGGCCAUGGUAAAAUGUCGACAAUCAAGGUCUGGUCCUUCAGCUAAAGAUUCUCCCUUCAUGACUGCAGAAAUAUGUAGCCAAAAAAGACACAAAGGAGAAGCAAAACAGUUUCACAAUGAUAUCUGCAUACAAGAUGCUGUGUGUCUUAGUUCAAAAGAUAAACAAUUGUCCACUGUCAAUACCCAAAAUAGCAUCAGUGGGAGAAACAGUCAACCAUUCAAAGAUUUUAUGGCAACUGACUCAGUAAGCAGUAAAUCAGAAAUAAUUGAAGUGUGCUCUGUAAAUAUCACUAAAGGACAGCAGGACUCAAAGGGGACGGAAUCUCCAAGAAAAAGAUCCCUGUCUCAGUCAGAAAACAGAGAGAGAGAAACUCAGACUUACAAGAAAAACUCUUUUGUAGACUUACUAGGAGACACCUCUGUUCUCAAUGACCUCUUCAAAAGUAAUGGAAACAGGCCUACAGAGCUGCCAAGAAGAUCUCUUUCAGGGCCUGCCGAAAAAGCAAAAGAACGACCAAAAGACUUCUGGGAUGUGCUGAAUGAGCAGAAUGAUGAGAGUCUCAGAAAGCUCACAGACAUGGCAGUCAUAGAGGAGUUGUGUGAAAGAGCACCUCCUGUUGCUUUGACAAAAAAGAAAGAAGUUCAUGAAAGUUCUCUUUGGAAACAAAAUGAUAAUUUUUUAUGGAAAAAAUAUAAUCUAAGUGAUUCAGAUGAGUCUACAUCUGGUGCACACACCUUUUGAUGUCUAGAUAUGAAAGACUGAUCUUAACGCUCAGGCAAUAAAUUCAUCAGUCACACAAAUACAGCUUAGGAAAAUUUACUGGUGUUAGUAGUAUACAUUAUGGGACAGCAUUCCAUUAUAUCUUAUUGUGACCAUUGGCCUUGGGGCAUACUGUAAGAUAUUCUAACCUAUGUUUCUCUGCAAUAAGCAAGGCGGAAAUAGUGAUGAUGUAAAUGUAGGAUCUUAGUGUAAUUUAAACCUGGCCUUGUUUGUAAUCAUAAGGGGGCCCAUAUUUGUUGUGAUCAUAGAGGCAUAAAACCAAACAAGAUAUGUUACUUCAGUAGUUCAACACUGCAGGGCAUGACUUGUGGUUUACUAAUCCAUGUCUUUAAGUCAAAUGCUGUCUUCACAGCUACUGCAAUCCAUGAGUGUAGGUACACAUUAGCUCUGUCACAUCCUACUGUGAUUUAACUCAUGCUAAUUUUAAAUUACACUUUUUUUAGUCACUUGAGUUGUUCUCUUUCGGAUUCUGAUGUGCCUAAAGUUAAAUGUAGCUCUGGGUAUCUUUCCCUCUUGUUGAAAUAUGGGAGGCUCAGGCUGUCACUCCACUCAACCGCUGCAUGGGUGGAUCCCAGCAAUCUCAAAUAAGACUGCUAUUAAAAAAGGUCGUUUUUUAAUCAGAUAAUAUGUAUCUUUCUAAUCAGAGCGUCGCAUAUAGAUUUUAAAUUAUAAUUAGAGAAUUUUUGAGGACUGAAUAACUCAGAUAAUGGAAUUUGGAGCCUUUCACUCCUGCAUGUCAUUUAUUGAAACUAGUCACUCACCUGUGCAAAAUAAGUUGGAGGCCUCGCUUAUGAUUCCUUGUAUUUUUCUGGUGGGCAAGUACCCAUAUCACAAAAACCUUCUUCAUCGCCACAGUUUCCAAGUAGUUAAGAUAUUCAGCUAAUACUACAGGCAGGGAUGCGCUUUUUUUUUUUUUUUUUUUCCACUCAGGUUUUUUUCAGCCAAUUUCAUAAUGAAGUUCAAGACAAAUCCAGUUAUUUUCAAUAUCCCAGGUUUAGUGUUGUCUCUUAGUUUAUUCUAACAUUUGAGUGUCUAAUAUGAAAAUAAAUUGAUGGGAAAAUAACUUAGAUCAAAUAUUGGUAUUUUAUAAUGCGGGGGGGAGAUAGUUCUUUCCAUCCAAAAAAUAAUUUGGUUUACAUUUUUGUAAGAAUUGUGCUCUGAAAAGAAUAAAAUGUUUUAUAUACAAUA